GGAGAAGAGCGCUGCAGGGGAUAGUAGUGGAGGGACUCUGUCCCUCACCUCAUUUGCCUUCAGAGAGGCCUCACAGCCAGUGAGGCCCCUCCACCGCCCACGUACAAGACUACCCACCCCACUUGUUCUCCUCUGAUUGUCUGAGCCACAGAGUGGACAGCGGCUAUCAAUGGAGAACCGAAACUCUGCGGCCUCCUUGCAACGACGGCUGCUUCUGCUAUUGCUGCUGCUGCUGCCACCACCUUACACCCGCCAGGGACAGGCCCUGAGACACACUGUCCCUAACCAGAGUGCUCAGGCCUCUCCGGCUAGGUACCUCAGCAACGGCCCAGGACAAGAGCCUGUCACUGUGAUAACCAUUGAUGUCACCAAAAUCAGCAGACCCUAUUCCUCCUUCGAGUUUCGAACCUUGGAUCCAGAGGGAGUGAUUUUUUAUGGAGACACUUCCACCAAAGAUGAUUGGUUUAUGCUGGGACUUCGGGAUGGCCGGCUUGAAAUCCAGCUGCACAAUCUCUGGGCUCGGCUUACAGUAGGCUUUGGUCCUCGGCUCAAUGAUGGGAGAUGGCACCAGGUGGAGCUGAAGAUGAAUGGGGAUUCACUGCUGCUGCGGGUGGACAGGGAGGAGGUGCUGUGCCUAAGACAAGUCUCUGGAUCUCUGGCUGGCAGUGCCCAGCCCAGCAUGAGGAUCGCGCUAGGAGGACUACUUCUCCCUGCCUCCAGUCUUCGGUUCCCGCUGGUUCCUGCACUAGACGGAUGUAUACGUCGAGAUAUCUGGCUGGGCCACGAGACCCAGCUCUCACCCUCUGCCUCUGCUAACCUCGGAAACUGUGAUGUGGACUUGCAGCCUGGACUGUUCUUCCCACCAGGGACCCAUGCAGAAUUUAGUCUUCAAGACAUUCCCCAGCCUCACACAGACCCCUGGAGCUUUUCUCUGGAGCUGGGAUUAAAGUUGGUGGAUGGCUCAGGAUGCCUCCUUGCUCUUGGGACAGGAAGAAAUUCUUCUUGGCUUACCCUUCACCUCCAAGAUCAAGUAAAGGAACAGCGUGGGAUGCUGGCUGUAUUAGCGAAUCCCGGGAAAAAUGAGAAGGUGGUGCUGUCUUCUGGAGUAGAACCAAAACUAACUUUACCCUUGGAUUUGGAACUCCCUCUUCAGCUGAAGCUGGAUAACUUCAAAGUGGUCUUGAGCCAAGGACCAAAGAUGGAGGUCCUUGCUGUGUCCCUUUGGAGACUUGUCUCCCUCCAGAGACUCUGGUCCCACCCUCAGAGCCAUCUCUCCCUUGGAGCUUUAUCAGGAGAGAACUCUUCUGCUUCCUUCUGCUUGAGGGAUCUUUGGGUACAAGGACAGAGACUGGAUGUAGACCAGGCCCUGAACAGAAGCCAGAACAUCUGGACUCACAGCUGCCCUCAGAGUCAAAGCAAUAUCACUCACACUUCCCACCAAACCAACCCCCUUUGAGAAGGAGGCAUGGUGGUGCUUGCCUGGAAACCCAUGACAGGUGGAGUUGGGUGAACCAGGACCUCAGUGUCAUCCUUGGCUACAUAACAUGUUUGAGGCCAGCCUGGGCCAUGUGAAGCCCUGUCGUUAAAAAUAAAAAGGAACUUUGAAUGCAA